AUGGCUGAUGACGAGUUCGACAUUGAUAUCUAUGGAGAUACCAACACUGAACAGGAUACAAUUUUCAAGAAAGAUGAUGAAGGUGAUGUCAAGAUUGACGGCGUUGAACCUUCUGUCGCACCAGCUGCCGAAACUAAUGGUAAACACGAAGAACAAGAUGACGAUUAUGUAGAUAUCAAGGUUAGUCAUGAGAAGGAUGAACUCGCUGAAGGUCAACAAAAGAUAAAGAGUACCGACGAAUCUGGAAGAGAUAUUCUCAACAUACCCAAGCAGGCCCCUCAACAACAAGGUGUAAAGAGAAAGGAAGGCUCCGACGAUCGCCCAAUCGAUCAAGGUGCGACUACGGCCUUGCUCAUAUCAGAAUUACAUUGGUGGAAUACCGACGAUGAUAUCCGGGGAUGGAUCAAUCAGGCUCAAGUCGAAGAUGAGCUGAAGGAGAUGACUUUCUCCGAGCACAAGGUUAAUGGAAAGAGCAAGGGACAGGCCUACGUCGAAUUUGCGUCCCAACAAGCUGCAACGGCAGUGAAACGAAAGAUUGACGCUUUCGGUGAAGGUCACCAAUAUGUGAAGAAGCAGACAGUCACAUUCCACAAUCCAAAUGUCAAUCCAUUCCGCACGUUACCUAAAGACGCGCCAGCCCGCGCCACGAAAGAAGGCCAAAAUAGUCGAUCAAACUCAGGACCAGGAGGUUACAACAGUGAAAGGGGCAGUCAUACUUCAGGCAACUUUGGUGGUAAUUUCCGCGGUCGUGGCGGUGGAUACAACUCUUCUCGUGGAGGCAUGAACAACAACAUGAAUCAAGGCAAUUUCAACCGUAACUUUUCAGGCUCAGGAGGAUCCAUGGGCGGGGGCUUUAAUUCUUCAAUGGGUGGCGGAUUCCAGGGGAACCCUAUGGGAAAUCAAUUUGGUGGAUUCAAUCGUGGAGGUAUGAUGGGUGGCAUGCGGGGUGGCCCUGGAGGUAUGAGAGGCGGCCGAGGAGGAAUGGGAAAUAAUAUGAUGGGAGGUAUGCCCAUGGGAGGUAUGCCCAUGGGCGGAAUGGGCGGAAUGGGAAUGCCUAUGAACAUGGGUAAUAUGGCACAAAUGGGUGGUGCAAUGCAAGGCGGGAAUGCCUUCCAACCUAUGCAACCACACUUCAAUCCUGCGUUCUUUCAACAAAAUCAAAGCGCUGGGGGUGACUGGCAGAAUCCACACGGCGCCAAAAGACCAAGACCAGAAUGA